UCUAGGUGGUUUACACUUGAGUUCACUCUCCUUAGAGGGUUGCACACAACACUUCAGAUACAGCAUUCAAAUCACCAUGUCCUCUAGAUCUAUAACUAUAGUGACCCGUGAAGGGAACACAGUGCUCAUCAACAAUGAGACGAGAUUGCACGGCUCUCAGCUUCUCUCAAAGCAUAAACCCCAUCUGGAGGAGGACACGGAGUCUGGCAUCGGCUCAACCCUCAACCUCAGCAGCGGCUUUGAGGGUCAUGACCGACUCACCAAUCACCACUCAAACAAGCUGAAUUCACUCCCAGAGGCUGACACACUUCACACAGAGAAAGACAGCUCUGGUCAGACCAAAACAGCGACUUCAAACCAGAUCACGCAGCUCCUCAUCCGUCUGUCCAAGAUACCUGUCGUCUUUGUCCUCCUCUUCCUCUUUGUUUGUUCCCUGGACACGCUGAGCUCUGCCUUCCAGUUAGCAGGAGGUAAAGUAGCAGGGAGCAUUUUCCAGGACAAUGCGGUGCUGUCUAACCCUGUGGCAGGCCUGGUGGUUGGGAUCUUAGUUACUGUGCUGGUUCAGAGCUCAUCGACCUCCACCUCUAUUGUCGUCAGCCUGGUGGCCUCUGGAUUAUUAGACGUGAGGUCGGCCGUUCCAGUCAUUAUGGGGUCCAACAUCGGGACGUCAGUCACAAACACUAUAGUGGCCAUGAUGCAAGCGUCGGAGAGGACCGAGUUCCAGCGUGCGUUUGCCGGUGCGACAAUCCACGACUGCUUUAACUGGUUGUCCGUCCUGGUGCUGUUGCCGCUGGAGGUGGUGAGCGGGGUCAUGACCCGUCUGUCCCACCUGCUCGUCACCAGCUUCCAGCUACAGCCUGGUGAAGAUGCGCCUGAGCUGCUCAAGGUCAUCACGGAGCCAGUCACUGGGCUCAUUAUACAGCUGGACACAUGUGUUAUCAUGGGAAUUGCUAUGGGAAAUGAGGACAUGAGGAACAGGAGUCUGGUGAAAGAAUGGUGCCAGUCGGAUGUUGUUAAGAACGUGAGCACAGAAUACUGUGACCUUGCACAUGACUUGUCCCAGUCUUCGGUGAAGUGUCAGCAUCUAUUUGCUUCCACCUCACUGUCAGACCUGACGGUGGGGCUGAUCCUCCUCGUAGCCUCCCUGGUUGUCCUCUGCACCUGUCUGCUGCUUCUGGUCAAGCUGCUCAACUCUCUUCUCAAAGGCCAUGUCGCAAAGACCAUACAUAAAGUCAUCAACACGGACCUGCCUUAUCCAUUUGGGUGGCUGGCUGGAUACAUGGCUAUGUUUGUGGGUGCAGGAGUGACAUUUGUGGUCCAGAGCAGCUCUGUCUUCACCUCAGCCAUGACUCCCCUCGUAGGUAUUGGCGUGAUCAGUUUGGAGCGGGCCUACCCUCUCACACUCGGAUCCAACAUUGGCACCACUGCCACGGCGCUGCUGGCGGCACUGGCCAGUCCUGGCAAAAAGCUGGCGGCAGCCUUACAGAUCGCUCUGUGUCACUUAUUCUUCAACGUCUUUGGCAUUCUGCUGUGGUACCCUCUCCCCUUCAUGCGACUGCCAAUAAGAAUGGCUCGUGUCUUGGGUAACCGCACUGCCAAGUACCGCUGGUUUGCAGUCUUGUACCUACUCCUUUGCUUCUUGCUCCUUCCCUCCCUGGUGAUGGGCCUCUCGCUGGCCGGCUGGCGGGUGAUGGCUGGCGUUGGGACUCCCUUCCUGGGCGUGACGAUUUUUAUCACCAUGGUAAAUAUGUUGCAGAACCACAGCCCCCGACACUUGCCCUCCGUGCUGCAGAGUUGGGACUUCCUGCCUCAGUGGAUGCACUCUCUCAAACCACUCGACCACCUGAUCACCACAGCAACUGUCCACUGCAGCUUUGCAUGCAAAGCGAGGCAGCGAGAGGAGGAUGAGGAGCAUAUUUCACCUCAGACACCAUCUGCCACCUCGGGGAAGGAGUCCCCCCAGGUGAAGACACAGCUGGCAUAUGACAACCCAGUCCUGGACUACCUGGAUAAAAGUAGACCAAGUGCACAGGUUUUCAAACUGAAAGGGUUAGAGAGGUGCAACAGCACGCCACUGUAGUUGGACUAAUAAAGGAGGCUUCCUUUUUUUAGUCUAUUCUUCUAUUCUGAUAACACCAUGGGGAAAGGGCAGGAAAAAAAGCCAUUUUAUUAUACUUAAAUCAACUCAUUUCUAAUUAUUGAUCGGCUGAUCAUUUGAGAUUAUGUCAUGAAGCUGCGGGCUCAGUGCUGCGCGCUCAGUGUGAGAUUUUAUACUCAGACAACAUUAGCAGACAAAUCAAAUUAACUCUGCAGCUGGAAGCCAGACUAAAGAACAUGUGGUUCUAAUGCUCAGAAACAAAGUCAGGAAAUGAUUGGUGCCUGCAGGGAAAUUAUACUUUGUUACUGUUGCUUAAUGCAAAGUUAAGUAAACAUAAGUAAAAGUAUAAAAUGAAAAACAACUCUACCGUACGUGAUAUACUCAGUAAGUGAACAGAAGAGCGGGAACUUAAUGUGCAAAAUCCAGUGUUACUCGUCAAAAGCCUCGGGAGAUCAGGGUGAAGUUCACAGCUGCAGACUCUGGAGUCUUGCACUAACAAAGUGGAUGAUGACAUAUUUUGCUUAUAUUGAUCAUGUGACUUGCGCGGGCAAUUCUUUUUGUGGAGCUCAUGAUCUCCAUAAGCACAUCUAUGGAUUGCUGUAUGGAUUUCACAGAGAUGUAGAUGUUGACAUUUUACUGAGCAUGUGAAGGACUUUUAAUUUAUCUUCCUGGGCAAACACCGUCUGUUGAUGAAGAGUCUCUACAAAAUCGACCUUUAUGAGUUUUUAUUUUGGCCAACUCUGUUUAUGACGGUUUAAAAUGACCUUGAUUAAAAAAAAAUGUCCCAAAUUUAUUUUAUACAGGAUUUGAGAGGAACAUAAUGUGAGCAGCAUUUUUACUUUAAUUGGACACACAUAUUUGGAUGAGAAACACUGAGGACAGAUAAAACAUUCUUGUUUCUCGACUAAACUAAACUUUGACAUGUAGACAUGGUAAAAACAACCCACUGAAGUUCUAACUGAGCGUCAGGAUAGGGAAGAAAUGUGAUUUAAGUGACAUUAAAGAUCUCACGUUCACUCGUGAGUCACUGCACCUGCUCCCACACUACUGCCUUUGUUUUACUCGCUAGCUGAGAUGCCUUUGUCCCACAAACCUGGAUGUGAAAACAGACAAAAUAAGCUCCAACACUUUCUAAAAUUCCUAAAGAUGAGGAUUUGGAGUAGAGCAGAAGAACAGACAGAAGAGCAGACUCCUGCUGUGAGGCUGUAGGUGCCGCUGAUGAAGAGCUGCUCAACUCGCUCGGUUCAUGUGCAAUAUGUCGUUAAACUACCACCAAAAUGGUGAAAAUGCUCAGUGAGCAGUAGCUUUGUGAGGUAAAAACACCUUGUUGAUGCCAAAAGUCAGUGGAGAACAAAGCGAUAAGAAUUUUAGAGAGGCUCGAAAUGACGGAGGGCAUCAGAAUGUCACAUUGGACACUUAUCUUUACAAAAAGCACGAACAAUAACACAGUAACAACAUAAUACACAAAUAAAAUACUAAAACAUGAGCACGACUAACAUGACAGAUAAUAAAACUGAGCACAAAUCUGUGAAUGCGGAAACAAUAAAAGUGUGUUUUGAGUUGUGAUUUAAA